AUGGUUGCAGAUGCUCUGAUCUACCACCCUUCGGUGGCGCACUACCUUCGCUACGUCGCAACAACGAUUGGCCGCGACAAACUCCUCCGGACCUUCCAAUAUUUCUCCCGCUUCUACGCGUGGUACCUCUACCGGACAAACAGUCCCCCUUCCCAAUUCGCUCCCUAUGUCGCAAUCAAGACUCAAUUCGGUCAUACCCGAAAGAUCAUGAGGAUAGGCAAAUUCGUUGAGCACUUCAAAGCAGCUGCCGAACUCUACGAUGCAAGCGGCAAGGUCAGAGCCAAUGGCGGUGACCAGAUCUUACAGUAUCUUGCCGUUAUGAGACAGCUGGGCUACGCGUUUUAUAUGAGCUUUGACAUGUUGACUGUGAUGGAUGCGGUAGGAAUCAAAAAGAGUGCAGCUGCCAAGAGGAUGCAAGCGCAGGCAUACAAGGCAUGGCUAGUGGGGCUGCUAGCCAGCGCAUUAUCUGGGUUCUACUCAAAUUACAUGUUGAUGCAGCGAGCCAAAGCCAUCAAUGAGAAGGAUGGAGAAGGAAAAGUGGAAGCAAAGAAGAUUGAAAGACAACGAACGGCUGCCAAUAUCCAGCUCCUUUCAGAUAUCUGCGACCUGACAGUACCCAGCUCCGCGCUCGGAUAUGUCAAUCUUGACGAUGGCAUUGUUGGUCUUGCUGGGACAGUGAGCAGUUUAAUCGGUGUCUACAGCGUAUGGCAAAAGACUGCAUAA